GUGGAAGUGGACGAGAACGGGAGGAUCGUCGAUGCCCGUUUCAAGACCUUCGGCUGCGGGUCGGCGAUCGCGUCGAGUUCAUUGGCAACGGAAUGGGUCAAAGGGAAAACGGUUGACGAAGCGCUGCAGAUCAAGAACACGGACAUCGCCAAAGAGCUCUGCCUGCCUCCCGUCAAACUGCACUGCUCCAUGUUGGCUGAAGACGCAAUCAAAGCUGCCUUGGCCGAUUACAAACUGAAGCAGGAUCCAAACAAAGAGGAGUCGGGGAAGGAAGCAACCAACGCCUAA